ACCAUCAACUUUUACAGACUGACUCGUGUACGUCAAGAGGCAGCAUGUCUCUGUUCAAGGCCCGUGAUUGGUGGUCGGCAGUACUUGGCGAGGGGGAGGAGUUUGACCAGGGAUGCCUAUGUGUCGGAGACGUGGACAACAGUGGCACUGGACAUGACAAGGUGGUGGUGGGCAGCUACAUGGGGAUGCUGCGAAUAUUCUCCCCACAUGCCGAUAAGUCCAGCGAGGGAGUUCCGGUGGAAGCUCAGCUUCUAGAAGUCCAGCUUCAAAAUGCCAUCAUCCAGGUGGAAGUGGGCAAGUUUGUCUCGUGUUCAGAGCUUCUUCAUCUGGCUGUUCUUCACCCCAGGAAGUUGUCAGUCUACUCUGUUUCAGGCACUGCAGGGAAUGUGGAGCACGGCGACCAAUAUCAGCUGAAGUUGGUUUAUGAACACAAUCUGCAGAGAACGGCCUGCAACAUGACCUAUGGCACCUUUGGAGGGGUCACAGGUCACCACUCCCUGUGUAUCCAGUCCAUGGAUGGCAUGCUGAUGUUCUUCGAGCAGGACAGCUACUCUUUCGGCAGGUUCUUACCUGGUUUUCUUCUGCCUGGCCCGCUGGUCUACAACCCCAGAACAGACAGCUUCCUCACCGUUUCCUCUGCACGACAGCUGGAGAGCUACAAAUAUGAGACUCUGGCCGUGGCUACAGAGGCAGAGAGUCGACACGAUCCUGAUCUGCCCCUCAAGACCGGAGGCAAGAGGCUGAUGCCUGACUGGACGUUUAUCCUGGGAGAACAGGCCCUGGAUCUCUCUGUGCCCUCGUUCUCCCACUACUCCUCCUCCAUAUUCGUUCUGGGUGAGAGGAACCUCUACUGUCUCCGUGACACUGGCCAGAUCCGCUUCAUGAAGAAGCUGGAGUUCAACCCCAGCUGCUUCCUGCCCUACACUUCAGUAACGGAUGGCACGACCAACCUGUUGCUUGGUAACCACACCAACAUGCUGCUGGUGUACCAGGAUGUGACUCUGAAGUGGGCGGCCCAGCUCUCCUUUGUGCCUGUGGCCGUUCGUGUUACCAACUUCCCGGAGUUAAAAGGAGUCGUGGUCAGUCUGAGUUCUGACGGUAACCUCCUGUGCUCCUACAUGGGUACGGACCCCUCCUUCUUCUCCACGCCCAAGGUGGAUGCCCGAGAGGCUGACUAUGAGCAGGUGGAUGCUGAGAUGAAGAAGUUACAGAAGUUCAUCAGAGAGGCCACCAGGACUCAGGACAUCCUGCCUAAAACGGACAGUGAGGAGGACCUGAUUAUUACAGCUGCUGUGUCCUCCAGCAUGGACAGCCAAUCGCAAGCUCUAAUCCAAGAUAUUGAUGGUCUGCCCGUCUCUUCAGUAACCAUUCAAGUGAAGGUGAAGGCCUGUUGUGUUGUACAGUCCUCUAAGCUGACCGUCAGCAUUCAGCCUCCUCUGGCCGUCACUCAGGAUCAGUUUGUUCUGGAGCCCAUGGGCACAGAAGCUGGACCAACACCAGAAAAACGACAUUUCCCCCCCCAACACUGCUCCUGACAUUUGCUGAAACCA